GUCAAUAUUCUUCUUCUUUCCAACACUGCACGAGCAAGAACAAAAUACGUAAAAAUGUUCGUUCGUCAAUCUUUACGAAAAUUGCCACAGUUGGCUACACACCGUCAUACUGGAACGGCAGCAGCAGCGGUCGAUGUAAAUGAAAUACAAAAUUCCCUUAGAGCCGCAUUAGUGCCAACUGAUUACCGCACCAAUGAAGCAAAUACCGCAAAGCAUUCAAAUAUCCAUGAAGCCAAAUUCUACACGAUACCAGCGGAGGUAAAGAAACAACUGUUUGGCGGUGGUGGUUUUCCCAAAAAGUUUGAGGCACAAGUGAAAACUUUUACCGAGGCGUGUUUGAUGGUUAGACAGCCUGCCAUGGAAGUUAUUAAUUAUAUUGAAAAUACGGAUUUCACAAAACCUGUGGUCCGCUAUGUGCUUUAUGGUGAGAAUGGUGUGGGCAAGUCUUUGACCAUGGCUCAUGUUAUACACUAUGGCCACCAAAAUGGUUUCCUCUUGGUACAUGUACCCUGGGCUCCUAAUUGGAUGAAGAGACCUAAAGAAACUGCCAAUGCCGCUCAGGAGGGUUUUAUAGAUUUGCCUUUUGAUGCAGCCGCUUGGUUGUUGCAUUUCAAAAAUCAAAAUUCAGCCUUAUUGCAGUCUUUGGAUUUGAAAACUUCCCAGGAAUAUGUAUGGUCUAAACGUGAAUCUACCCCUGCGGGCAGUUCUCUAUCGGAAUUAAUAGAACAUGGCAUUACUCGCAUUAAGUUUGCAUCGGAAACCAUAGCAGCCCUUUUAGGCGAAAUUAAGCAACAUGCCAGCAAUAACAAAUGCAAAGUAAUGGUAGCCAUUGAUGGUUAUAAUGCCUUCUUUCAUCCUGAAACACGAAUUUUUGGCGAUAAUAAACAAAGAAUGAAACCCGAACAAAUUACUCUAACACAACCCUUCCUCGAUAUCACCAAUUACAAUUGGACAAAUGGUGUUUGUGUUUUAUCGGUAGAUAAAAUAGCCAUGACUGAAGGUUAUAUGGAUUCCUAUUUGCCUCGCUAUCUGUUGGGCCGUAAAGGCUUCGAACAUUUAGACCCCUUCGUUCCCGUACACAUUGAAGGUUAUACCGAUAAGGAAUUCCAUAGUUGCAUACAAUAUUAUUUGGAUCGUCAUUGGAUUCAGAAGACCCCCGAAGGAUUUGAGGAUCAACUGAAAUUUUUAAGUAAUAAAAAUCCCUACGAAUUGAUGUUGUUAACGAGAUCAUUGUAAGAUCGGGAAGAGAUAUGUAUGCAAUAGUUAUUUAAAUUGUUAAUAAUGAUAAAAGUAAUUGG